AUGUCUGAAAUUGCCCAAGACUCCAACGUUUCCAUUUUUUCCAAAAAUGAAAAGAAGGCCAGAGAAUUGAUCCUAAAGUUGGGAUUGAAGCCAAUCCAAGGUGUUUCUAGAGUCACUUUCAAGAAGAAGGAUGGUCAAAUCUUUGCUAUCGACAGACCAGAAGUUUACAAGUCUCAAGGUGGUAACUUUGUUGUUUUCGGUGAAGCCAAGGUUGAUGAUUUCACUCAAAGAUUAGCCAAGGCUCAAGAAUCUCUUCAACAAAAUGAAGGUGUUUUGCCAGCUGGUCAAGAUGCUGUUUCUAAGGACCCACAGUCCAUCCAAGCGGACAUGCAAGCUGCUGCUGACUCCGCCACUGACAAGCCUUCUGCUGACGACGCUGUAGAUGAUGCUGAAGUCGAUGAAACUGGUUUGAACGCUGACGACAUUGAAUUGGUCAUGCAACAAGCCGGCGUCCCAAGAGCUAAGGCUGCUAAGGCUUUGAAGGAGCACGACUCUGACAUCGUCAACGCUAUCAUGGCCUUGUCUGGUUAA